UUAAAGAGGUUGCUGGAGAAUGAGAAAGCCUACCAGGUGCGUAAAGAGAAGGAGCACACCAAGCGUCUGGAGAAGGUAAGAGAGGAGCUGGUCAAACUGAAGUCCUUUGCUCUGAUGCUGGUAGAUGAGCAGCAACUCCACCUAGAGCAGAUGGACCAGCAGAGCCAGAGGGUCCAGGUGCUGACCCAGCAGCUGCAGGAGAGGGAGCAGACCCUGAGCAACGCCAGUGACCGGGCCCAGAAGGACAGCCAGAGGGCCCUGAACUUGGAGGGCGAGCUGAAGGAACACCAGGCCAAGUUCACCCAGGAGCAGGAGGAGAUGACCGCCAAGCUGGCCAGCCAGGAGUCCCAGAACCGCCAGCUGGAUGCCAAGCUGUCUGGACUCAACCACAAGCUGGAGGAGCUGGAGGAGAGCAACGUAGCACUGAGGAGGUCAGAAAAGGAGUUGCACGAGCUGAGGGAUAAGAUCAGCAAAGGGGAGUGUGGGAACUCUAACCUAAUGACAGAACUGGAGAACCUCCGCAAAUGGGUAUUUGAGAUGAAAGGGCAGGAUGAGGAAAUCACCAAGGCAGAGGUCCAGUAUAGGGAGCUGAGGAUGAGGCUGCAGGAAGAGGUGAGCCGAGGGAAAGAACUCAGGCUGCAGAUGGAGAAGCUCCAGAGAAGGAUGGUGGAGCUGGAAAGACUAGAGGGGGCAUUCAACACCAGUAAGGCAGAGUGCUCCCAGUUACACUCCGCUCUGGAGAGAGAGAAGGGCAUGUCGAAGGAGCUCACCGACGAACUGGUAGCAGUUAAGAUAUGCAUGAAAGAGAUGGAAUCCUCUGAGCUGAGACUGGAAAAGACUGAGCAGGGCCUUAAAGAUGACCUGGCGAAGCUGAAGUCAUUCACUGUGGUAAUGGUUGAUGAGAGGAAGAAUAUGUUAGAGGACAAGAAGAGGGAUGAUUUGAGUAAGAUGUUCAAGGAUGAGCAGGGCAAGGUUAUGGAGGUGACUGAGAGAUUAAUAGAGGAGAGUAAAAAGCUCCUGAAGUUGAAAUCAGAGAUGGAAGCCAAGGUAGGGACCCUCACCAGAGAGAAAGGAGAGCUUAGUACUAGGCUUGCAUGUGAAAUGGAAAAGAGCAAGGAUCUGAGCUCCAAAGUCAGCCAAACGAACAAGAGGUUAGAUAGAUUGGAGGAGGCAGAAAAUAUAGUGAAGAGGGAACUGGGAAGAUUGUCAGAUGGGGGUUCGAAAGAGUACAACAGGGUGAAGGAGCUAACAGUUGAAAUAGAGUGGUUAAAAAACCGUCUCAAGCAGCUGGAGGUUGUGGAAGGAGAUUUGAUAAAGACAGAAGAUCAGUACGACCUGCUGGAGAAAAAGUUUAUGACAGAACAAAACAAGGCCAACAUUCUCUCCCAGCAGGUGGAGGAGAUGAAGAGUCAGAUCGCCCGGUAUAAAGGUAUAGAGAAAGGAGAGGUGGAAAGCCAAGAAGCAGACCUACGACAGCGCUACAAGACGGAGGAGGCCAAAACCAGAGACUUGCAGAACAACGUCGUAGCCUUCAAGGAGAAGAUCCAUGAGCUGAUGAACAAAGAAGACCAGCUCUCUCAGCUCCAAGUGGACUACUCCUUCCUCCAGCAGAGGUUCCUAGAGGACGAGGAGAAGAAGAACAAGAUGAGCAUUGAGGUCCUCCAUCUCACCAAAGAGCUGGAGGUGACCAAGUGCCACAGCCGUGCUCUACGACCCAGCCUGAAUGGGAGGAGGAUGGUGGACAUUGCCAUGGCGUCCAAGGGAGUGCAGACUGAUGCACUGGCCAAUGAGAUGGCAGAAGAGGACACCCCAGCUGUGUUCAUCAGGAAGUCUGUCCAGGAAGAUAAUCACAUCAUGAGUAAUCUUCGACAGAAGGGCAUCAAGAAACCCACAGAGAAAGCCGUUGGUCAUGAACGCUUCUCACCCUCUGCUGCCGCUGACCUCAGCAUGAAGAAGUCUUGGAUUCCCUGGAUGCGGAAGAGGGAAAACAUCCAUCAGGGUGGUAAUGUGGACAAGUCUGUGCGUAUCAACAGCGAAUCCAUGCAUUCUGAGCUGACCAUGUCCCAAAAGGAAGGGCAGCCUUUAUGCAUCAGAGUGACCCCAGACCACCAGAACAGCACGGCUACCUUGGAGAUCAGCAGUCCCACUGCUGAGGACCUUUACUCCAGCUCCAACCUCAGUCCCACCCUACAGGUCCACCAGAAGCCUCGGAUUACCAUCAUUCCCACCCACACCCACACCACCACCUCUUCAAGGGGCAGAGCCAGCGCCGGGCCAGGGGGACCAGAGAGGGCCAAGUCCACAGUCAGCAUCACCACCAUCUCCAGGGCCAAGUCACCAGAGUGCAGCAAGGCCUCCUCAUCUUCCUCCUCCUUUUCCUCCUCAGGCAGGCCCAUGUCACCCAUUUCCAUCAUGACGAUCAGCACCUCCAUGCUGUCCAACAUGUCUGCCUCCCCAGAGCCCCAUGAGAUGACCAUGGACCGGGCAAUGUUCAAGGUGACCCCUGAGAAACAGAUGGUCCCCACACCGAUCAGGAAGUACAACUCCAACUCCAGGACCAUCACCACCACAGAGGACAAUAAGAUCCACAUCCACCUGCAUGGCUCCCAGUUCCACAAGGGCCCAUCUGAGGGCCACAACAACACAGGUCCCAAGGUGGUGGUUAGGCCUGUCGGCAUGGCAACGGAGUGUAACAGAGAGAUGACGUUAUCCACGGGCACGGUGUUGCGCUCCCCUCGCAACAGCACUGCAGCCCUCAAAACCACACCCAGUAAAGUGAUGAGCAGCAUCACAAUCACUCCAGUCAUGUCCACCCCUGCCAGACCAACACAAGCUGUGGUGAGUCUCCUCAGAACACAAAUUCCCCUGGCUGUUAUGUUAACCUGUAACUCACUCCUUCAAGCUUAUCAUUUUUUUGUUGAAUUCACCCUCUUCACCCCCAAUUAAGUUAUGAAGCUUUUGAAGGAAAUAUAUGAAAUGAUUAUGUUUAUGAACUGGCAAAAUAAUGGCGUUUCACUAAGCAGUCGGUAUAAUGAGGUCUUUGUGGGGAGGAUGGAUAGCCUGACAUAAACAGUACUCCCUCACUUGGUCUUGAAAGAAUAACUAAAUAUUUACAAGUCAUAUAGUAAAUGUUCUCAAAGGGAAAUGUUUUCAUACAUUUUCCCCCAUAGUAAUUCAUCAUUUUCUUCUACCACUUUCUCUGUUGUGGCCUCCUCUCCACUCCUCUCACACCUCUCCUCAUUCUAUCCUCUCUCUAUCCUAUCCCUGUAUCAUCCAGCCUGGGCAUGAUGCCCACCCAUCCCGGGCAGGACUCACCCGUAUCCCCAUGUCCAAGAGCCUGAAGACGGGCAAAGCCAUGCUGGGAGUUCUGGGGAUGUCUGGAGGAAUGAGAGCAGAGAGCCAGUCCAUGAGGAUAGAGCUUAAGAAAUCCACAAUCAGCAGCACAACAGCCUUUCAAAAUGGAGGGAAAGGC